AGCCAAUUUACAAUAUCUUGAUUUCUGAAAAAUCUCUAACGUCCCAUAAAAGUCAACUGGAAAUGGUUCAACCCGGAGCGUUACAGGAAGUUGUAGCAGCUGCCAUGUUUAGCUGCUUUGUUGUAGAUUCCUUCUAGGUUUCCUGCAGAUUUUAAGUGUUGCAAUGGAACCGAGCUGGAGUACAUUUUUAUUCCAGUCUUCUGUAGGUCCCAUGGUUCCAGGGAAUCCACGUAGGGACUACUACACAGGGAUCAGACAGGCCAAUGAAGCCCUGCAUCACCAGCACCAGGUGGCCCAGAACAGCUUGCUGCCUCUCCUCCAGUCAGGAGGACCAGAACCUGUGGACCAGAAGCCUGUGAUGCCCAUCCUCCUGGAUCAGAAGCCCCCGGUCAGCGUCGCUGAGCUCCUCAAGGACAAUGUGGCCAGUGGGACGGGAGGAGGAGGAGGAGGAGGCGGCGGUGGUCCCGUUGCUGUGGUGAAGAAAGAGCCCAAGUCCAAAACGCCUUUCAUCUGCGGCUACUGCAACAAGGCCUUCCGGGACAGUUACCAUCUCAGACGGCAUGAGUCCUGCCACACGGGCGUCAAGAUGGUGUCUCGUCCCAAGAAGACACAGACGGCGCCCACCAUGGUGCCCAUGAUCUCCACCGUGCCGCAGCGUGAGAACAGCGGCGGCCAGCCCUCUUACAUCUCCACCAUCGCUGGCAUCCUCACCACGGCAACCACCUCGGCCUCCACGGGCUCCAGCAUCAUGUCUCCCACAAUGGUGCCCCAGCAUCAGCAGCAUCAACAACAGCAUCAUCAUCAGCAGCAGCAGAGCCAGCCCAAGAAGCCUGCCAAGCCUGUGAAGAAGAACCACGGCUGUGAGAUGUGUGGCAAGGCCUUCCGUGACGUCUACCACCUGAACCGUCACAAGCUGUCCCACUCAGACGAGAAGCCCUUCGAGUGCCCCAUCUGCCAGCAGCGCUUUAAGAGAAAGGACCGCAUGACCUACCACGUGCGCUCGCACGACGGGGGCGUUCACAAACCUUACAUCUGCUCUGUCUGUGGGAAGGGCUUCUCCAGGCCUGACCAUCUAAGCUGUCACGUGAAGCAUGUUCAUUCCUCAGAGAGACCCUUCAAAUGCCAAGUAACGGCCUGUACCUCUGCUUUCGCCACCAAAGACCGCCUGCGCUCCCACAUGAUCCGACACGAGGGCAAGGUGACCUGCAACAUCUGUGGCAAGAUGCUGAGCGCCGCCUACAUUACCAGCCACCUGAAGACCCACGGCCAAGCCAGCUUCAACAACCCCUGUAAUAAAGGGCUAAGUGACUGGCAGUGGAACCACCACUCAGGGAUACGAAAAGGUGAGUUGACGGUAGGAGAGAUCUUAAAUAACUCGUUCCAAGUCCUUAUGGACAUCUCUCGUUUUCAAGACUCUAACAACGUGCACAACUCUGGCUCGGCGACGCCCGUCACCAACUCUGCCGCCAUCACCUCGGCGAUGAACCGCGGCAACGCCAGCAACCCGGUAACCAUCGCCGCCCAGAUGAACAUCACCACCAGCACGGUCAACAUCACCUCUCCAAUCAACCUGCAGCACCCAGUGACCAUCACCGGGCCCAUGAAUAUAGCCCACCCUGUGGCCAUCACCUCUGGGAUGCCCAUGAAUAUAACCGGGCCGCUCAACAUCGCCAUGCGGCCCAUGGAUAGCAUGCCUUUUCUCUCCCAGGUCCUGCCUUCCUCCCCUCCCUGGUAGUAACCCCUUCCCUGGCCCCUGGUUAGCAUCUCUUUAUGAACCCCUCCCACCUCUCUCCUUCUACCCCCAAACCUCCUCUUCCUCCCUUACUUUAGCAGACCUUCCUCCUUACCAGGAGUACUAUAGAUGAUGUUGUAGAGCUGAGGUGUAGUAUGGGGGGCUAGCUGGACGCUGUACCCGUCUGUCUGCAGCAUGAUGAGAGGUGGACUGCCAGCCCCUGUAGAUGCGGCCAGCCCCUGUAGAUGCGGGUGCAUUUGAUUUUCCUUUUAACCGCCGGUAGGAGGACAGUCCUGGAAGUCAUGUGAAGUCUCAAAAGGAGGAAUGGAGCUUUUGAAUGAUGCACCAAGUGGAUGCCUGACGUAAACAAACUACGAGUUAUGCCUCGCCUCUUGCGUCAGAACAUACCUGCACAUUUGGCAUUGGAAUGAAACUGUAACAGAAAUGUAUUGCUGGUAUUAAUGUUUUUAAAUGCUUUCUUACAGAGCAGAUGGUUUUUAUAUUUGUUUUCCUUUGUUAUUAUUAUUAUAGCCUGCUAAUCAGUAUUUAAUAGUUGUAUGCAUUGUAAGGAGUUAAGUACAGCAAAAGGGACAAAGGCUACCAUUUUGCAGGAGGGUGAUUUUUCUGGAGAGAAAAAAGGUUUCAAAGGCACCACAGUUGUAUCUUAGGCCAAUGCCUUGGACUACAUAAGGUCUCUCCCAGGUCCUAACGCCAUUCUUUGUACAUCUCUGGAAAACGGUCACUCCUCACUGCUGGAUACUGUAAACAUAUACAUGGUUUUUGUUUUGUUUUUGGAAUAGUUGUAAGGUGUGUUUUAGAUGACUUCACGAAGUAGCCGGAGGACAUUACAGUGGUAAUGUUACAGGAACACAAGGAGGAAAUGUCUGGCACUGAAGGCAUAUCCCUGGGUUAAUGUCCUGAAAACCGCAGUAUUAUCAAGGAUCAAAAUGGUUAGUGUUGGCUGAGAGCCUUGUUAAUGUAGAGGCUACCAGAGCCACCUAGUGGCAGAGUAGACACUAUGCUGAAAAAGCGGUCCCAAAGUUCACCUUUAAAAAAAUAAAAAAAUAUUGUGAAUUUAGUUAUGUUGGGAGAGGUUUUGAUAGGGCCAUUUUAUCCCCCUCUAUUUUUUGUAUUGCAAGUUUAGAUCCUAUAAGUAUGAACUUCUACUCAGGAACCUUACUGAGAGUAGCCCAGUCUUUUGACGAGUAAAAGGAUGAAAUCAAGUUGAACACGCAACCUUUCUUGACCUUUUACCCUUUCUUUGUAAAUAUUAAAACACAACAUUAUUUUGUC